CGCGAUGCAGCUCUUGCAUCUGGCCCCUGUUGUCUUCAAUCUUGCUGCUGCUCUUGCUGGGGGAGACCUUGGGACAUCCCCUCACGCCGCCGCGAGACAAGAUGCGUCGGACGUGUCUUCAGCAGCCGCACCGGGAGCCAGUCCUUUCCGUUUUGACCUCAACACCGGAAUGUAUAUGCAGACACAGAUGUCUAAUGAGCCCGCGCCCGAGCUCGAGUACACGACCGAGAAUGGGGCGCCAUACAUCAAUCCGUAUGACGCUUGGAAAAUUGGAUCGAAUGGGCCACUGCUUCUGGAGGACUAUCAUCUGACCGAGCUCCUCGGCUCCUUCGACCGUGAGCGGAUCCCUGAGCGGGUUGUUCACGCCAAAGGUGCUGGUGCGCAUGGCUACUUUGUAGUGACGAAUUCGUCAUUCUGCAGGCAGUACACCAUGAUGGACAUGCUCAGUGAGGAUGAUCUUAUCACUCCCGUCACAGUUCGCAUCAGCACAGUCAGCGGCGAAACGGGAGCCUCGGAUGAACUCCGCGACCCACGCGGUUUCGCAGUCAAAUUCCGCACUCGCAAAGGUAUCUUAGAUAUUGUAAUGAACAACACGCCAGUCUUUUUCAUCCGCGACCCCUCGAAGUUCCCAUACUUCAUUCAUACACAGAAGAGGAAUCCACAGACCAAUCUGCGAGACAAGGACCUGUUCUGGGACUUCCUGAGCUCCAAUCCCGAGUCUAUGUACCAAGUCAUGGUCCUCUUCUCUGACAGAGGAACGCCAUAUGGUAUGAGACAUAUGCACGCAUGGACCGGACACUCGUACCGCUGGAUUCAGUCGGAUGGCACUUGGCACUAUGUCAAGCUGUAUUUUGAGACGAUGCAAGGAGUCCGGAACUUUACCAACGCCGAAGCAACUCUAAUCCAGGGCGAGAAUCCCGACUUUGCGACACAGGAUCUGUUUGACGCCAUCGCCAAUGAGACCUACCCGGGUUGGACAGUGUACGCUCGGGUCAUGUCUCCUGAACAGGCUGAGAACUACACCUACAACGUGCUAGACCUGACGAAGGACUGGGAUGACACCGUUCCCUAUGUCGAGAUUGGCAAGAUGUAUUUGACGCAGAACCCGACGAAUUACUUUGCGGAGGUCGAGCAAGCUGCGUUCUCUCCUUCCCAUAUCGUCGAUGGUUGGGCACCGUCUGCGGAUCCCAUGUUGCAGGGACGUAUGUUUGCCUACUCAGACACGCAGCGAUACCGUCUCGGGAUCAACCACAUGCCCAUUCAGGUCAAUGCGCCUAUUACCCCCGUCGCCAAUUUUGAGCGUGCCGGCAAAAUGAACAUCAAUGGAAACCAGGGAACCAGACCUAAUUAUAUGUCGACUCUGAGCCGUCUCGGCCUCUAUAACCGUACCUACACCCUGGACUCCCACCAGCAGUGGACGGGAGGCGCCGUGCAAUCGCUCUCAGCAGUUACCGAGAUCGACUUUGCAUGGCCGCGGAUCUUCUGGAACGGGCUCUCUGAACAGGAUCAGCAGAAUUUGAUCAGCAACGUUAUCGGCCACCUUGGCGAGGUGAUCGACCAGGGUAUUAGGGAUCGUCAGGUCGCCUUGUUUGCGCACGUCAACUACACCCUUGGAAAGGCCAUUGCAGACGGUGUCGGUGUUACUGAGAUUGCCAAUCUCAGCUUCCCUUACGGCGAGACGUGGUACAAUCACACUAUUUACAGCGACGAGAGCACGCUGUUUUACUAAUCCUGAACAUCUGCGCGGUUACCAUAUGUUUUCUCUCCCGCUACGUGUAUUCCAGAAGGUAACCACGAGGUUGUGGGACUUGGACAUCUAUUCUCUUACGUGACUACGAUGAUGCCUCCCCACCCACUCGUGUAGCUGCACUGUCGGCCAGAUUUGUUAUACUUGCCUUUUCCUCUGCGACGAAUUGAUCAAUGCCCGCUCAACUGCA